AUGCGAUAGCAGAAGCUUGCGGUAGCCUUUCCCCAGCCCGAAUGCGUGGAACAUUCGAGCAUCCUUUUUAUCGCGGCAGCCGGAGGAAGUAUCGACACCGGGAGGCGGCGGUAGGCGCAGUUAGGUAGAGCCGUCAUUGGCGGUAGCAGAGGCCAGCGUCAGCGUCUUUCUUCUCGGGGGGACGAGGUGGGGAGCUUCUGCUAUCUGAAGCAGAUCAGUGGGAGCUAAGUGGGUUUCGGCGGUGGUCGGCGCCAUGGCUCUGGUUGCGAAUGGGCACCUCAACCCUCGCUUCUCGGUUCCUCCUCCACCUCCGUCGCUUGUCUUCCUCCGCUCUUCUCCAUGUUCAUUGUCUCUCCCGCUGCGUUCCGUCGCUCGAUCUCGCCGUCUCUGCCGGCGCACCACGCGGCCGCGUCGUCCCACUAUUUUCGCAGCGGGAGUUGCGGCCCAGGAGAUAGAUGAUGAAGAACGUGAAACAGAAUCUGGUAACGGAGUUGUUAACCAGGAAGCAGGGCCUUCCUUGAGAAACCUCCUGAUAGCCUACAAGGAGGCUAUAAUGGGUGGAGAUUUAGAAGCUGCCUCUGGCAUUGAAUCAACCCUUUACAUCUUUGAGAACGAAAAGAAGGACCUACUGAAGAAAGUUGAAGAUUUAUCAGUUGAAGUAGUGUCAGCGAAAAGUAAGUACCGCCGAAUCCAAGCUGACUUCGACAACUUCAGAAAGAGAUUGGAGAAGGAUCGGCUGUCACUGACCUCAAAUGUUCAUGGAGAAAUCAUAGAAAGCCUCCUGCCUUUGGUGGAUAAUUUUGAGAGGGCCAAACAACAAAUUAAGCCUGAAACUGAGAGAGAAAAAAAGAUCGAUACUAGUUAUCAAGGUAUAUACAAGCAGUUUGUGGAGAUUAUGAGAAGUCUACAGGUUUCGGUUGUUCAGACAGUUGGCAAGCCUUUCGAUCCUUCUUUCCACGAAGCCAUCUCGCGGGAAGAGUCUUCUGUUUACACAGAAGGUAUCAUAAUUGAAGAGUUCAGACGGGGAUUCAUGCUUAAAGGUCGGCUUCUUAGACCAGCCAUGGUUAAAGUUUCUGCUGGUCCUGGGCCGAAGAAGGCCCCGCUACAUGGAGAGAAGUUUACGGAUCAACCCAUCUCAAAUUCUGGCGUAGAUGCAGAUGCACCACCUCAGGAAGGGCUGACUGGAGAUAGCUAAUCCUUGCUCAUAAAGACCAUUUCCGUGCCAAUGUUAUUCUGCAAUUAGCUGAAUGAUUGUUACUUUGAUUUUUACGGAUCACCACAAUAGCGAAUGUGAGUUCAAGAUCUCGUAUAAAUUCCAAUAGAGGAAAAUGUGCCCUUUACAUAGAGACUUCUCAUCCGAGCUGUAUGCUUAUGUAAACUGAACACGAGUAGCAGAAAACAGAGCUCGCCAACAAGUACAUUUUAGUUGAAGGAGGUCACGAGUUCGAGAUCCUCUGUGGCUUACUGAAGUUCCAGCAUUAUUCCAAAUAAAUUGUAUAUCACUUCUCAAUUAUCUAUCAAA